UCUCUCUCUCUCUCUCCCCCCAGAGUCAACCAUCUCUCCUCCUUACUCUUUCAGAUUUAAAAACCUGCAAGAAACAUCCCAUCUCUCCAUCUCUCUCUCUCUCUCAAAUUCAAAAACCAGCUGCUUCUCUUCUUCUUCUUCUACUACUACUACUACUACUACUUUUUCUUCUUCUGUCUCUCUGAAAUGCAGGAAAACCCUAGAAGAAGGGAGAGAUGGCGGAAAGGAGGGAACCCUGGAACCCCUCUCGCGUAAAUCCAGGAGCGUCUCACGACGACGACAACGAUCGGUUAGGGUUUCCUGCGAUGAAGGGCCCCGAUUCCGUCGCCGACGAGCCCAAGAUCGACGAUCGAUGGCUCAUCGAUCCCAAGCUCCUCUAUCUCGGCCCCAAGAUUGGCGAAGGUGGCCAUGCCAAGGUCUACGAGGGCAUGUACAAAGCAUCAAGCGUGGCUGUAAAGAUAGUACAACCAGGUAGUACAUUGGAGGAGUAUGCAAAGCGUAGAGAGAAGUUCUUAAGGGAGGUCGUGAUGCUAACUCGGGUGCAGCAUGAGAAUUUAGUGACGUUCAUUGGUGCUUGUAAAGAUUCAAAUUUGGUGAUAGUCACAGAGCUUUUGAUGGGUGGUUCGCUUAAAAAAUUUCUGAGAGCACUGCGUCCAAGUUGUCUGGAUCUGCAGCUCUCUGUCAGCUUUGCAUUGGAUAUCUCACGAGUGAUGGAAUGCUUGCAUGCAAAUGGUAUCAUUCACCGUGAUCUGAAGCCUGAUAAUCUGCUUCUAACAGGAGACCAUAAGAAACUUAAGCUGGCAGAUUUUGGUUUAGCAAGGGAGGAGACGGUGACAGAAAUGAUGACUGCUGAGACCGGUACUUACCGGUGGAUGGCUCCUGAGUUGUACAGCACAGUCACGCUCCGUCGGGGUGACAAGAAACAUUAUGACCAUAAGGUCGACAUUUAUAGCUUCGCCAUAGUUCUAUGGGAGCUGCUUACGAACCGCAUGCCAUUUGAGGGGAUGUCCAACCUACAGGCAGCAUAUGCUGCAGCUUUUAAGAAUGUAAGGCCCAGCUUGGAUGACAUUCCAAAAGAUCUUGUUGCAUUGUUGGAGUCCUGCUGGGCAGAAGAUCCAGCUAGCCGUCCAGAGUUCAAGCAAAUCAGUGACAUGCUCUCAAAUUUCCUUGCAACCCUCGCUCCUGCACAUACAAUGCCGCCUCCUGUAAUUGAGCUCGGGCAGAGCAGCUACAUGACAGCCGAUUCUCCAGGCACCCGACAUCUGAUGGACAGGUCUAGGGAGGGUGAUGAGUCCAAGCCUGGGAGGUCAUCUCAGGGCUUUCUUGGUUGCUUCAAUGAGUGUUUCUCAUAGGGAUUGGAGAUUGUGCGGUCUAGACGCAUUCUCUCUUUUCCUUUUCAACCCAAUUUUGAAUGCUUAUUUUGUUGCCGGGAGUUUGGUAUUUCUUGGCUGCUUCGAAACAGGUAGUGGACGCCACACGAAGCUGAAGAAAACUAUGAAUUGGUGGCGAGUCAGAUGCUGUAGAAGUGGCAGAUGCGUUUUUGUUGGAGAAUGUGGUGAUAUCCAUAUCGGGUGAUAUCUGGUUAUGGUUCUCUUUGGGACAUUAUGGUACAGAUGUUGUACAGGGGAGCUUUGAAGAUCAAGAGGCUGUAAUGGUUCUUUUUGUAUGGAGGAGAAGCUAAAUUCUGAGCAUGUCUUGUAUCUGGGAUGUAUGGAUAGUAUCCUUCUCUAUCAUUUUUUAUCCUCUUUUAAAACCAGCCCUUUGAUUCUGCCUCUUUUGCUGCUUUUUCUACCAAUAUUGUUGGAUCUUUA